AUGGCGCAGCUAGCAUUCACAACCAAGAACCCACUAGGUAUCGCCCCAUUUUGGCAAAAAGCCUCGGCGGAACCUCCAACCAAGUGGGAGAAAUGGAACCAACAGCUCUACUUAGGAAUCGUCGCAAAAGACGGAAUAAACUUGCAAAAGCUAUUACGAGACCCACCCGCUGUGCGUAAACCGCAUGAACCUGGUUAUGAGCUCCCUAUAGAGGGGGAAACCCAAUCACAAACCAGGGACAGAAACAUACGCAAACAAGAGAAGAAAAUCCAAUGGGAUAACCAAUGUGCCCAAUUGGAUAACUUGGGACCCACCGUGGACGGAAUACCAUGGGAGGAAGCCGACAUAAAAGUCAGAAGCUAUAUUUACCUCAGUCUUGGAAACGAGGGACAAAGACGUCUCAAUCAACACUACCCUGAUCUAAAAAUACAGGAGACAUCAAUGAGAGCAUUCUGGAAUGGACUAGAACAUCUCUUUAUUAAAGACCGCAACGUUACAUUUGACCGAUACGAGGCGUUCACAAGAAAGCAAAACAAGACGGAAACUCUUGAGCAGUUCCACUGUGGCCUCACGGAAUUGGUCAUUAAGGGUAACUUCAAAUGUCCCAAUUGCAAUAACAACACGCUGGAGACUGAAAUCGUUAGAGAUUUAUUCACAGCCAACAUGACAAAUGACGAGGUACAAAAAGACCUACUGGCCGAGACGAAAACCCCCGACCAAGCGUUUGAAUAUGCAAUACGCAGGGGAAAAGGUUUGGAAAAUCAACUGCAAAUACGCAAGCAAGGAUCAUCAGCAAUUUCUCCUCAACAAACGGGCAUAAAAUCAGAACCAGUUGGGUUCAUUCAAAGACGAGGGGGGGACGCGUACCGCAAUAAUAAACGAGGAAGCAACAGGGGUCGAGGACAACCACAGCGGGGAAACUCGCAACGACAGGACAGAGACAGAAAACAAUCUUGCUUUAAAUGCGGUAAUCCGUUCGGACCUGGUCACCUCCAACAUUGUCCUGCUAAAGACAAAAUCUGCAAUAAAUGCACGAAAAGAGGACACUACGCCAGACUCUGUAAUUCCUCAAACGUUAAUGCAAUCAGUGAAGAAACAGAUCCCGAACUAAAUAUGCAGGACACAGAUAUAGCGGCGUAUGUCGAUUAUCUCCAGGCAGGGGAUGUCGUUCCGGGAUGGGAACUCAUCCACCCAGAUGACAACAGCGUAAAUGCUGUGAACUUUCACGAAGAAACGGCAGAAAAACUAACGACGGACGACUUAAUAGGACACCUCAUUCGAGUUAAGAUAGGGAAUAAUAAUAUUACCUUCAUUGCAGAUACCGGGUCCUCAACGUCAUUUGUGAACAAUAAAACAGCGGUUACAUUACAGAAAACAGUGCCAAGGGCCAGACGCAUUCAGAUCAAUCAAGACGACGAAGCUAAUAGAAUGGUCUGCUAUAAUGGUUACAAAAUCCCGGCGUUCGGCAGGCUAAUUGCCCCUAUAGAGCCAGGAGGGUGGACGAUCAACACCGCGCCAUUUGUCGUGGUUGACGACAAACGGGCGAACAUCCUGGGAAGAAAUCUCCUACUGCAACUAGGGAUCCAUCUUCAACAGGAAAAACCAACUGGUAAGUCAAUCAAUUAUAUAACUGACUCAGAACAAUCAGACACGGUCAUUACAAAUUGGGUAAAAUCAUCAUACCCGGGGUUGUGCACACGCAUCGGAUGCUCAAAAAACCACGAAGUUCAUACAAAGUUUCUACACGACUUCAAGGCGCUACAACAGAAAGGGCGCAGAAUUCCGAUUCACAUUCAGGAGAAGGUCGAACAAAAACUCAAAUCUUUGAUUGACCAAGGCCAUAUUGUGAAACUGGAUAACUGUAGUGACAAGCAGUUUAUUAGUCCAAUCGUAAUAACGGUAAAGAAAGAUCAUUCAAUAAAACUAGCAAUGGAUUCAAAACAAAUUAACAAAGCGAUACUUAAAAACAAGUAUCAAAUGCCAAACAUCGACGUACUAUUGGAUAAUGUAGCCCAGUCGGCUCAAGAAGGUAAUGGUAAACCAGGGACAACAUAUUUCUCUACCAUCGAUCUUCGCUAUGCUUAUAGUCAACUGAAAUUAGACGAUAAAACUAAAACGCAGUGUAACUUUAGUAUAAUUGGCGGGCAAGCAACAGGAACCUAUCAGUUCCAGACUGGAUUUUAUGGGCUCACGGAUAUGCCCGCAGAAUUCCAGAAGGCCAUUGAUCUAACGUUAAACAACGAGAAGGAUACAUUCGCUUUUCUUGACGACAUACUGAUUAUAUCCCACGGAACUAAAGAACAACACAUCGAUAAAUUGAAAAAGGUCUUAGACAAGUUGGAUCCAGAAAAUAUGGCUAUUUCCCUAAAUAAAUGUAAAUUCGGCUGUAAAGAAGUUGAAUGGCUGGGGUUCAUUAUAAAUGAUUACGGAACAAAACCAAUGCACAAGAAAACCGAUGCGAUAUCAAAACUACAACACCCUAAAACUUUCAAACAACUCAAAAGUUUUAUGGGAUCGGUCCACCAUCUAAAUAAAUUUAUACCAAACUUGGCACAACUGUGUAGACCAUUGAGACCACUCUUAUCUUCUUCUUCCAAAUUCCACUACGUUUGGGAACAAAAACAUGAAGAGGCAUUUCAAACCAUCCUUACAGCGGUGCAAAAUAUCACAGAAAAUUGA